GUCUGGCAGCUCUGCAAGGAGAUUCGGGUGGUUGUCUCUAGCAGGCAUUGCUGUUGAUGUCUUGCUGUCUCCAGACAGGAGCAGGCGGUGGGGCCACAUUUCUCCUUCUCCGGUGCCAGGGCUGAAAAUAUUGGGAUCCCAGGGCUGGUGCUUCCUAUGGUCUGUCUCUAGGAGCAGCCCACCUUGUCCGAGUGGCACACACACACCCAGCAGCUUUACCUCCCUGCUGGCUGCUCAGUGUUCAUAUGAUCUGGGUCGGUCUGCAGCCUGAUCCAGAGCGAAGGGCUUCCAGGGCCAGGUCGGGCACUGAGCAGAGCUCACUGCUGGCUGGGAGCAGGGCUAAGGGGUGGGAUCAGAGCAGAGGUCUGGGAGCUAGGAUUGUGAGGCUCUAAUUUUAGCUCUCGUUUUGUGCCCAUGGCAAUCUCCUUCCCCCGUGCCUCAGUUUGUCUGUCUGUAGAUGGGAAUCAUGACAUUUUCCUGUCUGCUGGGGUGUCUGGAUUAAUUCAGUUGUGUUUGAAAAGCCCCGUAUAAAUGCUCACAGUGGUGGCUUUGAUCGCUGAAGGGACCGCUAUCAGCAGCAGCUGGUUGCUGUUUCCAUUUCAGUCUCUCUGCUGGUUUUUAUAACUGCACAGUGAGUGGGAAUGUGACGUGCUAGCUCAAAAUCGGUAUCAGUUCCUGAGAGCAGCACCUUGCUUAGUGACACCCGCUUUACAGCUUCUGCUGGCUGCUGCCAUUUUCCCAGGAAGCCCCACUGCUCCACAGUGACCAUGCUGUGGUUUGUGAGCCAGCAGUAAUGCUGGUCUUGCAUUGGGUUUCCUGUAAUGAGCAUCACUUGACAUCUGAAUAGCUGCCAGGAUGAAACUCAGAAAUGCUGAUUUCUAAUUAAAGAUGAGAAAUGUGUCUCCUGUCCUGGCUUCAGAGCCUGAAGUGUUUGUUUGCAGUCCAAGCUACCCAGCAGGGCGGGAGCCGUGGGUUGCCCAGGGAGGCCUGGCUUUGCCCUCCAUAUCUUAGCUUACUUACUCAUAAGGAGGCAACUCCACCACCUUUGACCAGAAGCCAUUUUAUGUCUCUGUGCACAUGCUUUCAAUAUCAGUGAAGUUGCAAGUACAAGAAAUGAGCCAGGUGUACCAGUGAAUCUUGGGAUGAAUAAGUUAUGUGAGUGAGCAGUAGUGGGUGAUGGGAGCUCUAAUUUCACAUGCUGACAGAGGAGACCAGGCAGCAGCAAUUAAUUACUAGUUAAUAUUUCAGAGCCAGAGUUAUCUAGAGGUGCUAGCAAGAGUGUGUGGGGGGGGGCAUGGGGCAUGGCUGUCUUCCUGGCUCUGGGAAGGAGUGCAGUCUGGUGGCAAGAGAAGAGGGGACUGAGAAUUGGAACUCCUGGGUUCUGCCUCUCAGUUGCUGUACAAUCCACUUAAGGCAUUUCAUUCCUCCUGCUCCAGUUCCCCUGUCUGUGAAAUGGAGAUGAUUAUUGCCUGCAUUUGGGGGGUGGGGACAUGCAAGAUUGAGUUAGCAAAUAUUUGUGAGGUACUUUGAGAGCCAGUGAGCAAAGAAGGCAUCAGAGAAGUGCCCAGUGUUAGCAUUUUAAUUGGUCUACCCUGGGAAUGUGUCUGCGUGCCCAAAGGGGCAUGUGAUUGCCUGCUGUACAAGUCCUAGGGGGCCUGUUCACAAGACCUGCUUGCUGCUGUAUUGCACGCCAAUAUCCCGAGACGGUUCCCCUUGGCGCUUGCCUGCUUCCACUAGGCAUUUGGGCCAGAUGCCAGCAGCACCCAGAGCUCUCAUUCGCCUGCCUCCUUCCUCUCCCAGGUGGCUUUGCUUUUCUGGGUCUUGGAAGGGGCGGGGCUCCAGAGUAUGUUGGCUGUUGAAGGACUGAUUGGGAGUGGAAAGUACAGAUGCUGCCACUAGAAUAGCAGUGGCCGAAGGGGAUGGGGAGUAGUACAGACCCUUCUGCUGGGAAAAGGCACUCUGCUAAGGAGAGAGCAGCAUGGAUCCUGCCACCAGAGAGUCUAUGUGUACCAGGCUAGGGCUCUGUGCUGCAACACAGAGGUCCCUUGAUACACUUGGAUAGUCAUCUUCCCCCCCCACCCCACCCCCCGCCCAGUUCAGAGACAUGGGUGAGCAGACCAGGCAUCCUCGCCUUUCCUUGUGUGGAAAGUUUCCUUCUACUGUUGAGUUCAGCUGAUAGAAUCAAGCUCCCUUGAUGGGAGCAAAGUGCUUGUCCAUGUUGGUAUGGAGGUGGCUCGUCCUGGCCCUGCUCCUCUGAGGACAUGACUGACCUUGCCCUGGGUGCCCAGAACCAAAAAACCGUUGUGAUUCCCAGACUUGCUUGUAUUCUUCAACUCUCCAGCCUGCAGCACCCGGACCCCUCACUGACAUGUCCCUGGGGCUUUGUCCCUUCCAGAGAUCACUGAGGGGCUUAGUGAGUUCCUGUAACUUUUGCAACCUAUCCCUGUGCAGGCAGAAUUUGAGAGAACUCCCUCCAGCUGCACCAUGAACCUCACCCUGAGCUGCCUUCACUCAGAGAGGCUCUGACUAGAGAUAGUAGGAGAGGCUGGGGGUGUUUUUGAUGAACUCUCCAUUGAUGUAGAACUGAGACCAGAGGCUUAACUUCCUGGGGCUGCCGAUGCCAUGUGCUGGAUAAAUGGGGGGUAUAGGUCCCAAAUGGAAACUGUCGGAAUCCGAGAGGGAGAAGCCUUUACAUCGUGGGUAUCUCUGAAUUCUGCUGGACAAAAGCAAUGUCCUCUUCCCUGUAUGGCAUUUAAUUGAGCCCUGCUGUCCGCAUCCGUUCCUGGGGGGGCAGUGAGAUGGAAGGGAAAUGUAAAUGAGGAAACAAACAGACCAAAGUGAAAACAGAUCUAGGGGGAUGUUCAUGUCCCAUAUAGAGUUGAGGAUUCUGAACCCUCUCCAUCCUCGCUCCCCCACACCCUGCACUGGGCCUAGUUCAUCCCUGCCCUUGACGCGCUGCAGUAACACCCUGCAGUCUGCCUCUCCCAUGUAGCAUGCUCAGAACACUGCUGACAGUUUUGCCUUCCCCUCUCACUGCUCCAUCAGUGUCACACCCAACUGAGUCUGCACUGGCUUCUCUUCAGAGCUCUCUCUAUUGCUGCCCUUGUCGCCUCUGCCCAGUCCUGCUCUGCAGUCUCCCGUAAUCAUGUGAAGUGGUGUCCCCGCGUGCGCACACGGCACACUCCGCCCCUCAGAGCUGGUCAGAAAAACAAUAUUUCGGUACAAAAUGGGUUGCGGUGCGAAUUGAGAUGUUUUCAGAGACCAGCUAGCUUCUUUCCUGUCUCUCUCUCUCUCUCCUGGGGCCCUGCAAUGCAUUCUGAUCACACUCUGUGGUGUCAUACUUACCCAGGAGCUCUUUAGGGCAGAGAGCUCUCUGGCGACUAAGUCUGAAGUUGGAGUCUUCAUCCCAAUUCAGUGUGUGGUCCAACAGCCCUUCGCACAGUCCAGAUGUAGCCCCAGUCAGCAGGGCUUGUACGCGGGUUCGCAGCAGCUGGGGUUGCUGUCUUUGGGACGGAUGGGUCUCUGGGAGGUGUCCUGGGGCAGCAGCUAGCCUGGUGAAAUGGCAGCUCCUGUCUGCUGACUGAGAUGGGCCUUCCUGGGGGGGUCUGUCACCUCUUCCAAAGGGGCAUGUGGGGAGGUUGGUUUCUGACCCAUUGCUCUUUUGGACAAUUCCUCAUUCUUGCUGCUUCGUGUGGGGUUGGUUCCACUCAGGCUUUCUCUGCUGUCAGACACCCUGGAGGUCACCUGCUGGUUCUGCCCUCUCCUCUAGAUGCCUCACUCCAGAAGGUACCGCUCGUCGGAGCGCAGCAGCCGAGGCAGCUAUCACGAGCGCUAUAGAAGUCGCAAGCACAAGAGGCGGCGGACGCGGUCCCGGUCAAGCAGCAGUGAGCGUGACCGGCGGCACCGGCGGGAAGACAGUUACCACGUUCGCUCUAGGAGCUAUGACGACCACUCUUCGGACAGGAGAGCCUAUGACAGGCGCUACUGUGACAGCUACAGGCGGAACGACUACAGCCGUGAACGAGGGGAAGCCUACUACGAAACUGAGUACCGCCACUCUUAUGAGUACCGGCGCUCCCGGGACCAUGACGGCAGCUACCGGAGCUGCAAAAGCAGCCGGCGUAAUAAACACAGGAGGAGACGGCGCCGCAGCCGGUCCUUUAGCCGCUCCUCAUCGCAGCGGAGUCGACAGAGCAGCAGAAGGGCCAAGAGUGUGGAGGACGACGACGAGGGGCAUCUGAUCUAUCGCGUCGGCGACUGGCUACAAGAAAGAUAUGAGAUUAUUAGCACCUUAGGGGAAGGCACGUUUGGCAGAGUGGUGCAGUGUGUGGAUCACCGGAGAGGGGGCGCACGCGUCGCCCUAAAAAUCAUAAAAAACGUGGAGAAAUAUAAAGAGGCUGCUCGGCUGGAGAUUAACGUGCUGGAGAAAAUCAAUGAGAAGGAUCCAGAGAAUAAGAACCUGUGUGUGCAGAUGUUUGACUGGUUCGAUUACCACGGCCACAUGUGCAUCUCCUUUGAGCUGCUGGGGCUCAGCACCUUUGAUUUUCUGAAGGACAACAACUACCUGCCCUACCCCAUCCACCAAGUGCGGCACAUGGCUUACCAGGUGUGCCAGGCUGUGAAAUUUCUACAUGACAAUAAACUCACUCACACGGACCUCAAACCCGAGAACAUCCUCUUUGUGAACUCGGAUUAUGAACUCACCUAUAAUCUGGAAAAGAAGCGAGAUGAGCGGAGCGUGAAGAGCACGGCCAUCAGAGUGGUUGAUUUUGGCAGUGCAACGUUUGAUCAUGAGCAUCACAGCACCAUUGUCUCCACCAGGCACUACCGAGCCCCAGAGGUCCUACUGGAACUCGGCUGGACCCAGCCCUGUGACGUGUGGAGCAUCGGCUGCAUUGUCUUCGAGUAUUAUGUGGGCUUCACCCUGUUCCAGACUCAUGAUAACCGGGAGCAUCUGGCCAUGAUGGAGAGGAUCCUGGGUCCGAUUCCUUCCCGGAUGAUCCGAAAGACCAGGAAGCAGAAAUAUUUCUACCAUGGUCGCCUGGAUUGGGACGAGAACACCUCUGCAGGCCGCUAUGUCCGGGAGAACUGCAAACCACUGCGGGAUCCCGCUGUGAUGCAGCACAAGCCCAGCACGGAGUAUGCCACGCUGGAUGUGUACAACCCCUUCGAUAACAGGGGGCCACCCCCUCCCUACCAGCCCCAGCCAGGGGCUCAGCCGACUCCACCAGUCACCAAAGUGCCCCAGCCGCCGGCUUCUGCCAUGCAGCCCCCCAAGAAGCCAAGUCCCCCAGAGUCCAAAAACUACGGCUCCUAUGGAACUCAGGAGUCGACAGCAGCAGCCGCCGCAGCUGAGCUGCUGAAGCGGCAGGAGGAGCUGAACCGGAAGGCGGAGGAGCUGGACAGGCGGGAGCGGGAGCUGCAGAACGCAGCUUUGGGCAAUGCUGCAAUCAGACAAAACAACUGGCCUCCGCUGCCCUCCUUCUGCCCCAUGAAGCCCUGCUUCUACCAGGACAUCCCUGUGGAGAUCCCCACGGAGUUCCAGAAAACAGUCUCCUCCAUGUACUACCUCUGGAUGGCCAGCACCGUGACUCUCUUCCUGAACUUCUUGGCCUCCCUGGCCUGGUUCUGCGUGGAUCCCACAGCUGGUUCGGGCUUUGGCCUCUCUAUCCUCUGGGUUCUCCUCUUCACACCCUGCUCCUUCCUGUGUUGGUACAGGCCAAUGUACAAAGCCUUCCGGAGCGACAGCUCGUUCAACUUCUUUCUGUUCUUUUUCAUCUUCUUCGUCCAGGACAUUCUGUAUGUGCUGCAGGCCAUCGGCAUCCCAGGCUCGGGAUUCAGUGGCUGGAUAGCAAGUCUAACGGUGCUGAGGAAAAACCAGGCUGCUGCUGUGAUCAUGAUCCUGGUGGCCGUGUUCUUCACGGUGGUGGCCGUGCUGGGGAUCAUCAUGCUGAAGAGGAUCCACUCCUUGUACCGCCGGACGGGUGCCAGCUUCCAGAAGGCACAGGAGGAGUUUGCCGCAGGCGUCUUCUCAAACCCGGCGGUGCGCACGGCAGCCGCCAAUGCCGCGACGGGGGCAGCGGGCAGUGCCUUCCGGGCGCAGUAGGGGCAGGCCACGCCCCGGCCCCAUCACUCUCACAUGGGCUAUUUUUAAAGAAAAGGAAACCAAGUUGCACUUCCAUUGGGUCCCUUUGUGUCUGCCUCGGCCAAUCAGAGGCUGCCUCAUCCCAGCUUGGAAGCACGGAUGCCCAAAUACUCUGCUGCUCUAACCACCUCCCUCACGGAUGGGGGCUGCUCGUGUUUGUGCCACCCCUGUGGACAGAGGCUGUGGGGGAAGAUGGGGUUUCCCUUGCGCUCAGGAAGGGGCUCUUUCCCAUUUCCGUUCCCUCGGUGUCCAACACCAGCUGCUUGGGUGGGGUGGGAAUUGUGCAUGUUGCAUUUCCUGGUCACAGCUGCACUGUUGGCCUGAGAUCCCCAGACCCCUCCCAACCCAUGGAAUUGCUUCCUGCUUAACCCAGAGAGCCUGCUUUUCCUGUGCCGAGGGAGCUGACUUGUGACCUAACCUCCGCCUCCCCUCUGCCCAUUCAGGGGGUAAGGCCAUGAGGGUGGAGCUGGCUCUGGGCCAGGCAGAGGUGGAGGUUUCUCACUGUCCUGCCUUUGAAGUGGGACCUCAUUAUCUGUCAAGGAUGCUCUUCCUCCCGGGGCUGCAGCUGCUGUGCCCUCCCCAGGGCUGGUUGGCUGUUGGCCCAGUGUGAGAGUGAGGUGAGAAUGGGGAGCAGCUUUGGGGCUGCCACCUAGCAUGUGCUGUGAAGGGUAACUUUGGUCCCAAGGAAAUAACCUGGGCCUAUGUCCCCUGCCCUGCAGCUGCCCACUCAGUGCUGUGGCUACAGCCUUUGGCCAGCACUUCCCUUGGGGCCCUAUGGUGAACUCCUUCCUUGCACGAUUAACCGGCGAGAGGCCUGAGCUGCUGCUCCGGGUGUUGGGGCUCCUUGUGCCUCUGCCUGCCCAGUAGUACCAGGGGGCUGAGCCAAGCCAGGGAUCAAGGUUUACUCUGACCCUGGGGAAGUGGCAGAGCGGGCACCAUAGCCCUGGCUUCCCUGUCCCCACUUGUGGGGGAGACACUAGGGACCUUGCGUACCCUGGCUGGGCUGAUGUAGCAGCAGUGUUCUUCAGUGCCCCUGGAGGAGAUCCUGCACCUAGCUUUCCCCAGGGAUCCCAACAUCUCUGCUCCAUAGUGCCCAGUGCCCUACUCUACUGGCUCUGUUCUCUUGCGGCACCUGCGUAGUGCCUCCUACCUCCCUUCCUCCUCUUUCCUCCCCCCCCCCCCCCACUGCUGCAGGGGUCAGCUGGCUGGUAGCAUUGGAUCACAGGCUGCCCCGAGGAAGCCGAACAAUGGAGAGGGAGGUGGGGGCAGAGCCCACAGCAUGUUGGCUUGUGGCUGGGGCAGGCACAGCUCUCCAUUCCCACCCUGGCAGCUGGGUUUUGUUGGCUUGAAACGGCUCUAAUGUUCUGGCUGCUCCCUAGUGCCGUCUCUCCAGGCUCCGCUGCUAGCUAAAAGCCACUUAACUGCUGUAGUGGUGGCCACCUCCCUCCCAUCCUGCCAGUGUGCUGGGGCAGCAAGCAAGGCUCUCCCUGGCUCCAGGGUGGAGGCAUUGGCCCCUUUCCCUCAGGGGGAGGGGGUGAGUCCAGGACUGAAGGGGUCGGCCCCUUUCCCUAGGGUGGGGCUGGGUGCAGAAUAGGUUGCACUGUUGGUUUGAAUUCUUGCCUUGUCUGGGGCUGGCCGUUGUGGCAGAAGCAAUGAACUUAAUCUGCAGCCAGGCAGACUUAGGGAAAUAUGGUUCGUGUCUAAUCAAACUGGAAGGGUGGUUGAGGUUGGGGAAUCCCUAUCACUGGAGUUUUUUAAGAACAGGUUGGACAAACGCCUGUCGUGGGAUCUAGGUUUACGUGACCCUGCCUCGGGGAGGGGGGAGAUGGAUGGGACUUGCCCUCGAAUGAUGCCUUCCAGCACUACAUUGGUGAUUCCCUGCAGUGCAGCAGCCUGGCCUCAGCAUUCCCUGGAGUUGUAACUCAGCCGCUGGCAGCUGUAGGAAGGGCAGGGAUCUGUUUCCUUUUGCCUCCCUUCUGUCUCUGGAGGGGUGGGGCUGGGUGCCUAGGGCCCUGUGCUGUCAGGGGGUGCACGAGGCAGAGGGCGACUGCUGGCAUGGAGACUUUCCACACUACAGGUCACAAUUCACCUGCCCCAGAGCUGGGGUGGAUUUUUUUUUUCCUGUGCCAAAUGCAAAGUCAGCUUUGAUUUUAUUUAAGAUAAUAAAGUUUCACUCCUUGUU